AUGGAGGGAAGGCCAACAAUGAAGGGACUUACAGAUGGGAUGUCGAGCAGAUACCUUAGAGGAAAUCGCCGCCUCUUGAUACCCGAAUUGGAGAACUUGAAGCAAUCCGGAAAUCACAAAUCAGCUCGUUCGAUGCAUGGACGUCUUGAAGAACUGCUUGUUUUCGAAAUCCGCAAAGACGGUGGGACAGACUAUCAUACCUUCAGUGUAAGGACGCUUCACAGGUAUAUUCUGCGGGCAAUAACCAAAUCAGACAACACAAACGAUGAUAGCUUCAACGAGGCUUUGGGCCAGGCGAUAUUGACUCCAUCGCCCAUUGUCGUAGACAAAAGGACUAAAGAAACAAAGCGAUCACCCGAAACUCCUUCUUCUGAGAACAGUUCCACCAAAUAUGAGUCGGCCGAGGAGGAGGAUGAUGAUGCUGCAACAGAAGGAAAAGUGAGAGAUGUGACAUACAGAGACUUUUUGGGGGGCUUCUUGCACCCCCGAGAUUUGAGGAAGCUCGUAACGCCUUUCUCGGCCUCGAAUGCGCAAGAAUUUAUUGUUCGGCGUCAUGUGAUCCUAUUACACUUUGAUUCGUUGCGUGCAAUCAUUCUCAGAGACCGUGUCUUGCUCCUUGUUCCUGAUGGGGCUGAUUCCAUUGUAGAGCAACUUGAAAAAAACAUAUUGGAGGGUGUAGACACCUUGGAUGCAACCAACGAAAACACUGCGGCAAUGCAAGAUAGACAAACGCUGGACGAGCCACCCGACGAGGACGACCAGGGUGGUGACACCCUAGAACCUGUGACUCUUCAUCAUUCAAAUUUGGGUAGCGCAAACAAAAACGAUGAAGUGGUAGGAGAAAACAACUCGGAAUCUAGUGAUAGCGAUAUCGUGGAGGAAAUGAAUGACCAAGAUCUCCGUGAGAGCAUGCGUCAGGAUGAAUGGGCAGAACUGGAAGGGGGCGCCUGGGUCCAGUGGCCAUUCGAGCUUCAUAGUGUGGAUGCGAUUAUGAACCGCGUAUCUUCAAUUCUUGCGGAAGACGUAAUGGACCUUCAAUUGUCAGCUGAUAAAAUGAUUUUGGAGCUUCUGGCGCCUGGCGCAGAUGUUGGUGAGCGUGCACAAGAAAUCCUACGCACAAUAAAGAACUUGGUGAAGGAAAUGAUGUCACGAGUGACAGGUUUCCGCAGAGCACUUGAAAAUGUACUGGAAGACUAUCAAGAGAUGGCAUUGAUGAACCUAUCAAGAUUGCUAACACAUCCUGACCGAUUCAUCCAGCCAGUAUUGCCAGCAACUCUUGACGAGGAGUCGGGCGAGCCAGAGCUCAUUCUCGAGGCGCAUCUUCAGCAUGCGUAUACGCUAGCAAACGCACUGAAUCUUGUCCAAGGUCAAGUCAACACUACAGAAGAAUUUGUCAUCCGGAAAUCUGACGGCAUUCGAAACAGAUUGCUCUAUAUUAAUAUGCUGGUCAGUCUCUUGUCGCUCGCGGUGGGAGGAGCUUCGUUUGUUGGCUCUAUGUAUGGUAUGAAUGUUCCAAAUCCGAUGGAAGAUGAUGAAUCCGCGUUCGAAUUUUUGGCAUCAAUCACUAUUGGAGGAUCGCUAACUUUUGUGGUCAUCGUCUUUAUCAUUCUUCGAAUGGUUAGAGUCUUGCCACCAGUGAUGUAA